AUCAUCAUCCUCCGAUACUCUUAGAGUCAGACGUCAGAUAUUUUCUCAAUAUAACUGGAGUAGAAGCGGAUUUACUCUCAUCAGAUUGGAGCUGUUGUUUCCAAAUCAGAAGCGUCACACAGCCAAGAUGAAACUAAAAGAGAAGGCGCUCAUUGUCCUGCUGUGUGUGACUGCUAUCUGUGUGUCAUGGAGAGGAUAUAGGCCAUGCUCCCUGCCUCAGGACAAAAGCCCCUGUGCUUGUGAGCGAUGUUUAUCUGAAGAUGAUCUGUGGUUUAUGAAGCGUUUCAACAAAUCUGUUGAACCAUUUUUGUCAGCAAACUACAAUCUCUCAGAGGACGUUUUCAACUGGUGGAAGCGCUUACAGAGUGAAAAGGGCAACUUCAGUACCUUCAGACAAACAGUGGACAGGCUGUUUCUGACGGUCCCACCCAGUCCAGAUCUUCUAGAAUCCAGCCCUGACCGCUGCAGGACUUGUGCUGUGGUGGGGAAUUCUGUGAAUUUGAGGAGAUCACAUUAUGGACCGCUCAUAGAUUUCCACGAUGUCAUCAUACGAGUGAAUACUGGUCGAAUCGAAGGCUAUGAAGCAGAUGUUGGGACCAGAACAACUCAUCGUGUCAUGUAUCCAGAGAGUUCUAUGGAUUUAGAUAACACCACUCAUCUUGUGCUGGCUCCAUUUAAGAUAGUUGAUUUUGAAUGGCUCACAAAGGCCCUCACCACAGGAUUCAAAGGACGACCACGUUGGGGUUUUAAAUCAAAAAUCAAAGCUAACAAUGAUUUGGUGAUGGUCCUUAAUCCAGCUUUUAUGAGGUAUGUUCAUGACCUGUGGCUGGAAAAGAAGGGCAAGUACCCCUCCACCGGCUUUCUGGCUUUGAUUCUUGCCCUUCAUAUGUGUGACGAGGUCAGUGUGUUUGGUUAUGGAGCAGACAGUGACGGAAACUGGAGUCAUUACUGGGAAAAACUAAACAACAAAAGGUUAAAAACUGGACCACAUCCUGGAGAUACAGAGUAUAGAAUGAUCCAGGAGCUAGAUGAUCUACAGGAACUCAGGUUUUAUACAGGGUUCUGAUUCUGUUCUCUCAGCAUUUAAAGGAAGGUUAGUAGUAGGUAACAGUAGAAGAACCUGAAGGGCUGCAUUUUUCCACAGUUAAGACGGUUAAGAUACCAAUCUUUGUGUUUUUGGACGUGUAUGUAGAUCUCCUGGGUUUGCUAGACAGAUGCUACUUCUGAAGGAUUAUUUGCAUGUGUUAAUGACUGGAAGACAAACUAUACAAUUACAGUGUGUGUUUACACUAUAGAUAGCCAACUAGUGUAGAAUGCACAAGUUAUGAUUGGGACAAGUAGAAUAAAAGUUAGGGAUAAAAUGCUGUGUCAAAAUGUCUUGUUGUUUACAUUGAAUAAAUAAGGUUGGGGUAA